UAAUAACAACAUGGAUACUAAUUAUUCUGAUUACAUCACACCAACAAGUUAUGAUUACUACGGUACGGGAACACAAUCGGAGAAGUCUAAAUAUGUUUAUCAUAUAAACAUACGUACCGGAGAUAAUGUAGCAAGCUUUGCAAAGAACAAGACCAUUUAUGAGCGCCUUGAAGGGUGUGACUCCGAGGAACAACAGGAGUUGCGUGAUUCCAGUGAGAGAUUCGGGUUCACACGAGAUGUUGAAGUCAUAUCAUCUAAUGAAACUGGAGAGGGGGAUAUGAAUAGUAAUGAUAAACCAAGUGAUAUCUUACCGAUGGCAUUGCUUACUCUCUCGGAUACCCUCGAAUCCAUCGAAACCAAUCCUCUUUUAGAAAGAUACGGGGAAACAAAUAAUGGUGGAGAAUUAAAAUAUACUGAUACUAUAGAAAACAUACAUACUCAACUCAAAAAACACAAUAGUGUGAUCAAAGGUGAUAUUGAUUUUUAUAAGCAGAAAAACGAUAUCGACGAAGCCACAUUGGCAUUUUUCAAAGAACAUUAUGCAUUUGUACCCGAUCCAACAUGGCUCAGUAAACAUAAAAAAACAAAAAAAUAUACCAAAAAAUUAUUGGUCAGAACCAAUAUCAGCACCCUUGUUAGCAAUCGACCAUCUAAACAUACCAGAGAAAUUGUAGAUAUUGAAAACAAAAGAGAG